AGCUGCGAUUGAUUAAAAGGCCAGGAUAGCGCGAUUUGCGUGUUAGGACCGUUGAUAAACCGAAAGUUGAUAUUUUGCACGAUUAUUAUUUUGUUCGAGAGUGAUUUUCUUUUAUUUUGGAAGUUAUGUUCCUAAUGUGAGGGUCCACUAAGUCUUCCGUGAUGGCAUCAAGAGAUGAGGCCCAGCAUGUGGUGGAAUGUGACCUGUGUCAGCAACCAGUCUCGUUUUUCUGCAGACGAUGCGGGGUCAAUCUCUGUGACCCCUGUGUCCUCAUACAUCUGCGCGUGAAAUCUAAGAACGGCCAUGAUAUUGUAGAUUACACCAGCAAGGAUGAUGACGACACAUGCCACUGUGAUUCCCAUCCCCAAAACGAUUGUUCUGCAUACUGCAAAACUUGCGAAACUCCAAUAUGCAUGCUUUGCGUUACUAUUAAACACAAAUCGCACGAAAUAUCCGAGCUGUCCGAUAAAAUCGAGGAACUUUUAAAAGUGAUUGCUACGGAAAAUGAUCGACUUCAGUCAUUCAAACAUGAAUUAGAGAGAAUUUUGGAACAUACGACGAAGCUGUUGUCUUCGAUAUCCUCGAUUUAUCAACUGAGGAAAGACGAAGUUACAGCGCGGGGAGAAGAGUGGCACAAACAGAUUGAGGAGAUCGUGAAAAAACUUCACCAGGAACUGGAUGGCAUGCAAAAGGAGCACGAAACUGUACUACAGAAACAAAAGGAAAAAUUUGAAGAAAUGGUUUGGAAAGUGAAUGAAAUAAAUGGAAAAACAAGAAAUUUACAGAAAUCAAAGAAUGUCAAAGAAAUGCAGAGUUUUGUACCAGUGAUUCAGAAACAGGAGAGUUUAAGUGAUGUCUCCAAGUAUUCGUUUCCGAAAUUAUAUGAAUAUAAAAUAGAUGAAUAUUUGGAAAAUAAAUUAAAAGAAAAUGAGUUAUCGGGUAGAAUACUAUCAGAGAUACCAACAGUUUCUACUGUUAUAGACACUGGGUUCCCUGCUGAUGAAACGAAAAACCGUUUGUUUGACAUGGCCGUUACCGACGAUAACAAAGUGUGGAUGGGAGGAGCGAGCAGUGAACUGAAGUUGUUUGAUCUCCAGGGAAACCUCCACCAUACCGUCAGCAUUACUACCUACGGCAUUUACUUAUGUAUGUACAACAAACAAGUAAUGUACACUGGAACUAAAGCCGUGAAAAUGAUAUCAGACACCGACACUGUGGUGACGAUGUUCACUACCGGGGACUGGGAGCCAUACGGCGUCACUAGCGCCACGUCCGGUGAUCUACUGGUCUGUCUCCGUAAAGACGAUCAGAACAAAGUCGUCCGAUACAGCAGUACCGGUACCGUGCUCCAGGAAAUCCAGUACGACUCGCAGUGUCAACCUCUGUAUAAAGAGGUGGCAUACAUCUCUGAGAAUGUCAACGGGGACAUCAUUGUAACUGACUGGAAUAAAAACGCAGUCAUUGCUGUCGAUAGAUUGGGCAUAUUCCGGUACUCGUACUCAGGGAAGGACACUAAAUUCGACGUUUGUUCAGUCGCCACCGAUUCUGUCGGUUAUGUCGUCGUUACAGAUUAUAAGGGUGACAAGAUUCACAUUUUGAACAGAGACGGGCGAUUCCUGAGGUACAUCAUUCCUGAAGGAGGAAUAAAUAAACCGCACGCCGUGUGUAUCCUUGGUCACGGUGAGAUGAUGGUGGGAGAGUGUCUGACCGGAAUUGCCAAGAAAAUCAAAUACCUAGAAGAAUGAGGAUUCAUCAGUUUUAAUCAAUGUCAAAAUAGAAAUGUGUUGGUUACUUAUGAACAAAUAGAGACAAAUCGUUUAUUGUUUUAAAGUGGCUCUGAAAUAAACCACGAUAUAAUCACCUGACUGAAGUACCUACUGUCUGUACGCGGUAAAUCUAUUAGAUUGUAUUGUGUGAUUUAAUAUUUCUAAUUCUAUGUUACCUUUUUAUUUUCUGCAUAGACAUCUUGCUUACAAUAACUUAAUCUGAGUCAGUAAAA